GCGAGCUCCAGCUUGAAAGAUCACUGUGUACAGAAUACAGAAGAGAGCUGACUCAUGACAUUACGUGCUUGCAAGAGGGCUACAAUUUCCUGGAUGCAUUAACAGCAAAUUAGAAGACAACGCACAAUCUUAAAGAAGAUGGAGCCUCAAUGAUCCUUGUCAGGAUUUCUUGAGAGGCAAAGACAAGAACAAAUCUUCAAACAGACGCUGUCGGACAUGGUGUGUUGCUGGGUGCUACUUUAUGCAUUAGUGUCAGCUUAGAGCCAGGUUGAUCAGCUAUAGGAGCAAGCUGUUCCUGCUCGUUCUUUUCUCCGGUAGUGGAAGGUGUUCCCUUGAUGUCUGGAUGAGACUCUGGGGUCAUGAGUAGUUUCAAUGUAGAUGGUCACUCAUAUUUCUCCGUUCAGUCCUCGCUGCUGGGAAAGGAAUAAAAUUUGCCGAGGAGAAUGAUGCUCAAAACAUGUGAGUUACUAUGAAGUUCAAUUAUUGAACAAAACCUGUGGGAUACUUCAAUGUUUAACUGUUAAAACAACACAUGGGAGGUACAUUAAGGUUCAAUUGUUGAACAAAACAUGUAAGGUACAUUGAGGGUGAAUUAAUGAACAACGCAUGUGAGGUACCUUGAGGUUCAAUUGUUGAGCAAAACCAGUACCCUCAUUGAGGUUCAAGUGUUGAACAAUGGAAGCCAGCUACGAAAGCUUCUCUUGGGACUCUUCCGAUGUCAACGACACUUUGCUCCCGACGUCUGACAGAAAAACCGGGCCGAUCGGCGUGGCGAUAUUUAGCAUAUUCGGCAUUCUGGGCAACCUGAGCAUCAUAUACCUCGUGUUGAGGCACAAGAAACUCCGCAACGCGCCAAAUAUUUUGAUCAUAAACCUCACAGUUGGGGACUUGCUGUAUAUUCUCAGUGUCGCGCCUCUGUUUAUUGAGAAGGAAUUGAACCCCAAAUGGGAGUCGACUGAGUUCACAUGUAAGUUGAAAGCGUAUGUUGAGGAUGCAGGGCAGAGCAUGUGCGUUUUCAGUCUGGCUGCCCUGAGCAGAGAGCGGUACCUCGCUAUCGUGAGAGGCAUCGAGACACGCCGGAGGAGAGGUUCAUGCUCAGCAAAUAGCCUCUGUGCUGCAGCUGUAGUAGUAACUGCAUCCCUACUCCUCGCUAUCCCAGCCUUCAUUUUCUCAACCUACUUGCAAGAAUCCCACUUCUGCAACCAGCUUCCCGAAGACCUCGGCUUCAAAAAGGCUUUCGUGACCGUGCGUUUUAUUCUCGGCUACGUCAUACCUCUGAAUAUAGUUGCUGGCUACUACGUGCGUAUUGCUCACUCGCUCUACAAGAGCAUCGAACAGUUCGGCAACUCGGAGAGUCAUGUUCAACAGAGUCGACUUCGGAAACGACUGGCUUUGAUCGUGUUAUUAAUCACAGUUCUGUUCGCCGUGUUUUGGCUACCGCAUUUUGUGUAUCUCCACUUGAAAGCGUACGCCACAAAGUCUAUGACGUACGAGGCGGUAUACCCUUCGCCAAUGGACUAUCUUCGGAUUGUCAGCUUUCUCAUGGAGCUUACUAUUUCCUGUACAAACCCGUGGAUUAUUUUUAUUAUGAGCUCUAAGCACAGACAACACUGUUGCCUCUUCCAGAUUAUGUGCAAUAAACGGCGUUUUCAACGGGGGUCGGGAACCAUGCGGCUAACUACACUCACUGCAGUCGGCACGACGAGGCGAACCAGCGGAAAUGUUUCACAGAUGUCACAUGUUUAAAGGCACUGGACACUAUUGGUAGUUACUCAAAAAAUAAAUUGUUAGCAUGAAAACUUACUUGGUAAGAAGCAAUUGAGAGCUGUUGAUAGUAGGGAGGUUUCGCAUGCACACGGAUACGGUUUGCGACGGAUACGUCAUCAGUAUGACGUCAUAAGCCACUUGCUAAUGAUAUCCGCUAUACGUGCAGACGACACUGAUAUCCUGCUCGCUACACGUAGGUUACUGAUAGCUAAAAUAUGCGUAUCCGUUCGCCUGCGAAACCUCCCUAAUAUAACACAUUGUGAGAACGGCUCGCUCUUAAGUAAAAGAGUUUUUAAGAAAGAGUUAAUUUCUCAUUAAGUGAGAACACCGGGCUUUGGCAAUUACCAAAGGUGUCCAAGUACCUACAAACCACUCAUUGUUAGGAGCGUUUUCGAAACGUAGGAAUCUAUUUGAACUCCAUCUUGGGCUGUGUGGGAAAUUGCGGAGCUAAUGGCACUGUUCUCUAAAUGCCCAAUGUUGUAAUCAUCAAGUGUACGCAGUAUCACUCCAAAGUAUAGAAACGAACCAAGUUCGCAUUUUAGAGGAUCGUUAUGCGAAAAAAACCUACAGCCUGCGCUUUUUAGAGUGUCAAAGAGCCUUGUCACCCGAGGCAAACUUUGCAGGCAACUUGAAGGCAACUUUUACAGGCAACUUGGAGGCAACCCACUGCAGUGCAUACUACAGGAGCACUCUAAAACCACUUGCUUCAUUUCUCACACAAUGUCUUUCGAUCCCAAUAAUGUGGACAUUCAAAUGUGAAUGGAUUCUCUUCUUGGAGUUCGUCUGGAAAUGGUUGCUUGUAAACUGCCUCGUAAGACAUGCCCCUUAAACCUCCUGGUUCAGAACUGACCCAGAUCCAGGUCCCAUGGGUGGGGCAGACCCACAUCUCAUCCAGAAAUGGGUCAAGCUAACGCAGAGUCCGAGUUAAAAUCUAUAUUUUUAAAGCCCUGCAGUUUUGAGUUGCAUGAGGCAGAAUUUUAGUCUCAAAGUUCAAAAGUAUAUUUCUAACAAUGCUGAACAUAAAGAAAGUUGUAGUCAAGUAUGUAAGUUGCUGUUUAUAGACUAUUGCUCGUUCAGGAAUGCUUGGGUGGUAGUACGCAAAUAUUUAGUGCGAGAAUGAAUGACCUUUGUGUUUGGUAAGGCUGUAGAGGAGGCGAGUGCAGUGUAGUGUUGAGUAAUCUGAAAUAUAAUAAUAUAGAAGUUGCACGUGGAGUUAUCUCCUACAAUUGACAAAUUCCCGGGUCAGACUUGAGGUUCCCGUGGGAUUGACCCGGAAUAUGCAUCAAAUGACUUAGAAAGGGUCAAGCUGACUCGAUAGGAGUCAAAAUCCCAUUUCAUAAACCAUUUCCGGGUCAACCGAGCCCCAACAUGGGUCCUGAACCACAAAUGCCGGAAUCCGGGUCAAAUCUGACCUGGGGAUUUGUAAGUAUAGAGUUUAUCACUGAAAUUGUUUAUUUAAAGGAAUUAUCUUGAAUACCCGUAUGUAUAGUUCUAUUUUUAAUUCUUAUUAUUAGGUGCAAGUUAUUUUUAGAAACAAUCCCGUCCAAAAUCUGUUACACCAGUAUACCUGUCUAUGUGGGGUGUGUGUUAUGUUGUUAUUAAUUAGCGUUCGAGAAAGACGCCUCGAGGGUUGAAACGUCAGGCCAUUAACUAGUUUGCAUUUAAAGACACUGGACACUAUGGUUAUUGUCAAAG